AUGGCCAAGGUCAACAAGCUCUUGAUACAGGGCAUUCGAUCCUUCAGCCCAGAUCAGCACGAAGUGCUCGAGUUCUUUCCAAUCACAGUGGUGGUGGGCGAGAAUGGCUCGGGCAAGACGACCAUUGUCGAAGCUCUGCGUUUCAUCACCACGGGCGAGUACCCCAGCGGCAAAUGCUUUGUCCAUGAUCCCCGAAUUGCAGACCGACCCUCUGUCGAUGCCCGCAUCAAACUCAGCUUCACCACCACCGAUGGUCAGCAAAUGGUUUGCACCCGACAGCUCACCGCCCAGCAAAAGGCCAAUGCCAGCGUACCCACCACCCGCAGCAUCGAGGGCACCGUCAAAUAUAGUGACGAAACCGGCCAGUUGAUCACCGUUGCUUCCUGCGCGUCCUGCGCAAUGUGGCAGAUGAUUACCAAGCUGGGCGUGUCCAAGGCCAUUUUGUCCAACGUGAUUUUUUGUCAUCAAGAUGAUUCCAAUUGGCCGUUUUUGGAGGGCAAGAAGCUCAAGGAAAAAUUUGACGCCAUCUUCUCCGCCGUGCGGUCCGUCCGCCCCGCGCUCGCAACACCCAACCCAUUCCUUUUCCUCUUCCUCGAACGGGACAGGGGCAAACGGGACAGGGGCAGGAUCUUUUGCGGAGGAGGGGGGGGGGGGGGGGGGGGGGGGGGGGGGCUCAAAGAGCGCAAGGCCGAUGCUGAGAACACUGAGAAACAACUCAUCAAGGUUCAGGAGGAGCUGCAAACCGUGGCCACCACCAUGGCUGAUGUUGAGCGCCAGCUUGAACCAGUCGUGAAUGCACUAACCGCCUACAGCGAGCAAGAGGAGGACAUUCGUCACGUGCAAGUCGAGAUGGGUGCGUUUUGCGAUGCAUGUGCCCCGGUUUGA